AUGCGCAGCUCGGGAGGAACUGUGUCCUUUCCCAAGAAUCUGCGCUCCUUGGGCCUUCUGUGUUCUGCUCUGACCUGCUCAAGUCUCCACCAGAGAUCAGCCCUAAAUAUAGCUCAGCCAUCAGGGAAAAUGUGCAUACCGGGGUACCUGUCUUUCCAUUCCCCGGGGUACACCCCAAAGAGUAAGAGACAAACGUGGGACAGAGGGCCUUCUGUGAUGCGAGGGCAGAAGCUGCAUUCUUACACCAAGGCUGUGCGGACAUCAGCCUUCAUCACGGGCUGUGACUCUCACACCGAGACGUCCGCAGCACCCUCCAUCACAGAACCAGCGUCUUCCCUUCCCUUAUGGUGUGAGUGGGGGAAAGACGAAGAAAGGGGGACUCCCAAAGAAGGGGUGACAUGCAAGACCAAGAGGAGGGCGACAUCCACCACUCAGCGCUGCGCGGGACAGAGUGGUGGAGGGAAGGCAGGGCGGUGGGAGGGUGAUGGAGAGGCGCGCGGGGCGGGUGGAAACGCGUGCUCGCCCCGCACCUCCGCAUCCGCGAGGGGAGGCUCCUGCCCCGCGCCGCAGCCAGUCCCCGCGCGCUCGCCCCGGCGCCUCCCUCCCGCGCCCCCGCUCCUCCGGCCGCCCCCGCGCCCCCCGCCGCCUCCUCCGCCCGUGGACCGCUGCGCGCUGCUGCCCCGGGGGGCUGGCGUUUCCACCUGUCACCGCGCCGCCGCCGCCGCCGCCCAAGUUUUGUUUUCAGGGAACUUACCUGGCGCGUCGUGUGCCUCAGGCUCUUCCCCAUGGCCGCCGCCCCCUCCUCCCGCCAGCUCCCCGGGCCCCCCGCGCCCCCCGCCCAGCCCUGCGGCCGCCGGGCCCGAUGAACGCCAGCAGCGGGGACUCGGGGGGUGGGAGCCCCGCGCGCAGCCGCCCGCACCCGAGCGCUCCUGCUUCCGAGCAGCCACGCAGCGUCCGUCCGGGGCAGGAGCAUUGCGGAUGCGGCGCGGGGCCGGCGCGGGGCUCCGGGCGCUCUCGGGGGUCGUGAGCGCCGCGCCCCGCGCCCCCGCACGCCCCCCACCGGCCCGCGCGCCCCGCCGGGGCCAUGCAGUCUCUCAUGUCGCCGGUGACCAAGGCGAUCCUGGUGGCCCUGUUCAGCUUCGCCAUCCUCCUCAUCCUCUACGUGAUUCUCUGGUACAUCUGCCGCGAUGUGGACUGCGACCACGGCAUCUGAGCGCCGCCGGACCCCCGGGCCGCCACGCGACGCGGGGGGCGUCCGCGGCGGGAGGGCCCUGGGGACUGAGCGGUCCCGCGGUGCCCCCAGCUUGGCGCUGGAGACCCCCGCCCCGGGCCCCGCCGCCGGCCCUGCACCGCCUCCUGGCCUUGACCUUCAGCGACGCGCCGGGGAGAGCGGGUCCCCUAAGGCGCUGGAGAACGCUGGCGGCUGUGGAGUCAUGUGUUUGCAUGCAUGACAGGUGCCAGCCAGGGAGCUGUGGGCACAUCACCCUGGGAAGCCAGCACCCACAGGCCAGGACUGCAGCGUGCAGGGAUGGAUCUCUGAAGGUCACUGCUCCGCCCUGCUCUGAAGACUGUCCACCAGCAUGUCAACGCAGCUUCCCUGCGGGGGUUGAAGGGUGGGAAGACUGUCAGUCAGGAUUAAGGCCAUCUCCCCCGCCCAUCACUCCUUCUGCCAAGCCAUCACCAGGCAGCCGGAUGGGCAGUGUCACCUCCGGGGCCAUGCUGGCAUCUGUAACCUCCAUCCACCCUCGAGGUCCCAUCCAGCCAGCUCUGCCCACCUGCCUGGCCCAGUCUGUUGUGAAGUUUCACGCUCCUUCCUCUUGUGCAGAGUCGGAAUUCACGGGGGUCGCCAUGCCCACAGGUACCCCAGUGGAAGUGUUGACUCUUAUUACUGGCUAGACCCAUCCAGAGGACAAACCAGCUUCAGAGAAUGCCAUCGUUAAAGUAGGUGCCACUGGGGGGUUUCCGCACUUAACUCUCCGAUGCUGUCCCCGCCAUCAACCUGAUACAGACUUCGUCCGCUGCGAGAUCACUUCCUCUCAAGUGCAGACCAGAUCCCCCAGGGAAGAGACUCCUCGUCCUCAUUGUUGCCAAGUGACCCCGAAUAUUCCUCUCCUGCCUGUUGCAGAAAAGGAAAAGUCACGUUCUGGAAGAACAGCAUUGCCCUACAAAUACAAACGAGAGACUCUGCCUAGAACAAGAGUCCCGGAAAUUUCCAGAAGCAAAUCUCUCACUUGUGACCAUCAGAUUCCACCUGAUGCCUAAUGCACCUUCUCAAAUCUCAUCACGUGUGACAGCCGCAACGCCCGGUCCAGUGGCCACACAGGACUCUCCGCUGUGUUUCUUCUGCUUCCUUUAACGCACAAGAGUGAAGAGAUGAGGACGAAGGCGGGCGGAACACUGGUCUCU